GUGAGCUGUGACUUAUAUCGAAAACAAGUUUCUCUGGGGAGAGAGAGAGAGGGACCACUGCCUCUAAAACGAGUCACAUCUGGCGAGAGAGAGAGGGACCACUGCCUCUAAAAUGAGUCUGUCUGGGGAGAGCGAGGAGAGAGGCACUGCCUCCAAGAGGAAGUAUUCUGAGAGUGAAGAGAGGGCCAAUGCCUCUAAAAAUAGUUUGCCUCAAGACACCAGUUCUACGAGAGACCAUGGUGGAGAGUGUUGUAUCAAGCCUGGACCUGAGGACACCAGAGACCAUGGUGGAGAGAGUUGUAUCAAGCCUGGACCUGAGGACACCAGAGACCAUGGUGUAGAGAGUUGUAUCAAGCCUGGACCUGAGGACACCAGAGACCAUGGUGGAGAGAGUUGUAUCAAGCCUGGACCUGAGAAAUGGAUUCCUCAGGGCUGUAAGACUUGUGACCAUGUUGAGGACUCCACACACUGGCAUCAGAUUGAACCCUUGACUUCCACUGUCCAGGGAGUGACAAUGUUCAGACACAGGACACCCAAAGGGAGUUAUGAGUGCACAGUGUCUGGGCUCCGCUGGCUGUGUGAGAGAGAUGUCAUUCUGAAGUAUCACCUCAGGAACUGGGAACCCUACAGUCAACUUCUGAAAGACAUGCGGUACACACAAGGUGGUCCAUUGCUGGACAUCACUAUGGAGUUAGGUGAACUGGAGGAAGUUCAUCUGCCACACUUUGUCUGUUUAGGGACCAACCCUUCCCUGAGGAAUGAGAUGAAGAUUCUUCAUGUAGAGGAACAUGGAGUGUCUUUAGAGGAAGUGCAUGAGGUCACCAGAUUCCAUGCUAAGAUUCUCCAUCCCAAGUCCUCAUCGGUCUCUGUUGUACUGAACAAAAUCGCCUGUUGGAACGUAGAUGUCCACUGUGACGUGGUCCUCUAUUUGGCAGUAAAAAGGUCAACAGUAAUUUCAAGGCUGUACCUGCUCCUCAGAAACUCCAGUCAGAAAGAGGCUGUUCAGGACCGGGAGAAAAAUCAGCUGUCCCAAGGAUAUUCUGAAUUUCUCCUGUCAAGUCCAAACGGGUCCUUAAAGCUGAACAAUUGGUUUGCACUCAAGAAUCCCCUCUCCACCUCCAUCAAUCCAGAGAAGAUUCAGCUGUUACCUGCAGACACCACACCAAGCUGUUGUAAGAUGAUAAUGGGAAACACAGGGGUUGACAUUGAGAUGGAGUUAAUCGGGGAUGAUGAGAAGACAGCGUGGAGAGAUAUGCUACAAGCAGAUCAAUACAUCACUGACACCCAUUCAACUAGUGCUGUGUUGGGGGCAGGGCGUCCGGCUGAGAUCAGUCUGACUGGUUCUGCAGAGCAGCAGCUGCGUUCUGUACGGACGGAGUUUGUAAAACGAGUGUCAAGACCUGUCCUGGAUGGUCUUCUGGAAAGACUCCUGCAACACACAGUCAUCAACCAGGAGGAAACGGAGUCAGUGAAGGUGAUCGCUGAGAGGGCAGAGAAGGCACGUGACAUCAUCGACAUGGUGUUGAGAAAAGGAACUGAGUCGUGUUCCAGGAUGAUCAACCUUCUUGGGGAGAUGGACCCCUGUCUUUGUUCACAGCUUCAGAUCAAUGUCAGGGUACCAACCUAAUGGUAGAAUAGAUAGUUACAGUGUUGGGGUACCAACCUAAUGGUAGAAUGGAUAGCAACAGUGUUGGGGUACCAACCUAAUGGUAGAAUGGAUAGUAACAGUGUUGGGGUACCAACCUAAUGGUAGAAUGGAUAGUAACAGUGUUGGGGUACAAAAUACAAAAAUAACUGUACAAAUGUUAUGGAGACACAGUGUUGUUUAAAAACAUUGAAUAUAAGAAUAAUAAUUGGAAUCAUUUGGACUGGGGAGACCUGCUCCUAGAUCAACAUGCCUAUUCAAUGUUUAGGAUUACCCUGAAUGCUUUCCCCCCCAAAACAGGGUAGGGACCUACCUGAAUUUGUCCAAAAUAAACCAUUUUGAAACUA